AUGACUAACUUUGAAAAUUAUCCAUUUGUAUCUGUAGAGUCCAGUGAUAGAGUCUCACACUCCAAAAAACAUGUGUAUGGCAACGUAUCCAGGUUGUUAAAAGAGGCUCUGGAUUUGGUUGUUUAUGACGAGGGAAAGGAUGUAGGCACAGAAACCGAGUUAAAACUUGUUGAUCAGGAAACGGAAUAUGACCCACCAAUCGAUCUAUCUAAACUAAUCCCAGAUGGAAUGUCAGAACUCAGCUACAACGAUUCACUCAGUUCCAUUUCAUCCAACGAACUUAGACUGCCCGAGAAUGGUUAUAACGAAUAUCUAAGCGAGGAUGAUCCUAAAAAGAUUAUGGUUUGGGAUAUAUCUGGGAUGCAUGAUAUGAACAAAAAGUCCAAGGCCUGGAAUCAGUUCUUAGCACUUGUUAAUGAAAAUAAUCCGUGUAUAUUAAUUUUGCAAAAUGUCAAGCUCUGCGCAUCAAAGUUUACAGGCAUAUGCGCUAAAAUACCUUCAAAGUACAAUGAAGGAACAAUUCCUCCUACUUAUGAACAGGAAUUGGAAGAUGGCAGUUUCAUUGACAAUUUGAUGAAAACCAGUUUUAAGAAGUACAAAGUGAUACACUCACUAGCUUCAUGGAGAGUUAGAGGUCAAAUGAUUUUGCUCAAGAAAUCCUUUACACCCAAACGUAUACGAUACAAUUUGAACAUAAAGCAAAAUGCCAAAUACCACAAUCACGAGGGGAGAGUGGUGAUCAUUGAAUUUGAUUCAUUUUACUUAAUGUCACUAAUAACGCCUGGUAAUGGAUGGAUAACUGAAAGUAUUAAACAGCGAAAGAAGUGGGAUUUGGAACUAACCACGUUUCUUAAAGCUUCAAAAUACAUAAAAGCGGUGAUAAUGGUCGGUAACUUAAAUUGUUCUCCUGAGGACAUCGAUGUUAGCAAUCCAGCAGCACUUAAAUUAGAAAAAACAGCUGUUUUACACGAGGAAGAACAGCACGGAUACCCUGGCACUAGAGAAGUGGAUAGAAAUGGUUUCGAAGAAACCUUAAAAGCAGGCGAUCUAUGGGAUGUAUACAGGUUUAUGAAUCCAGUAGAAGUUGAGGAGAGCGAGAGUGAUUCGAACGCACUUGCUUCCACUGCUAAGAACCCAAAGUAUACCAGUAUAGUACAAACUGGGGAUAAAUGUAAAUGCGCAGUCAGAACUACAUUAGCUUUAAUGUCAACGAAGUUUCUUAGGAACAUAAAAUCUUGUGAAAUUCUAGGAACCAUGGCAGAUCUGAAACCAUUUGGAUGGAGACAUUUACCAGUAGGAUUGACACUUAGGGUACCAAAGAAUAAGAAGAUAUAA